AUGGGCAAAGUCAACCUCACAGCCCUCCGGGUGCGACAGACGGCGCUCAACCAAUUCGCCAGUGGAAAGACCAGCAAACUGCCCCAAUGGGUCGGUGUGGUCGGCGAGAUUCCUCCUGCUGAGACUCUUAUUCGUACUCGUCCGCCUCAGCAUCAACUCGUUCACCGGCGGCUGAAGACCGUUACUGUUCCUUACUCAGAGAAGCCGAAGGUGACGGUCUCCCUCGAAUACCAGGAAAAGCGCAUAAAACCCAAGAAGGCCAGUCGAUUGUUUCAGCCUGUGGAGAUCAAAUAUGAGGAAGAUCAGUUGCGAAGCAAGUUCUUCCGGGACCAUCCCUGGGAACUUGCUCGGCCCCGUGUGCUUCUCGAGAGCACCGGCAAGGACUUUGAAAACUACGAUUGGAGACGCAUCGAGCAGCCAGGAAAGCGGUUAGACGGUGAGAGUGUUGUCCAGCGUCAGCUGUGGCUUUUGAAUCACGUCCCUGAUAUCACCGAGAGCGCUGCCUACGAUAUUGCUCGUCGAGAAUUCUACCGACUUCGAUUGAAAGAGGAUAUUCAGCGUCGGGUGGCAGCGGAAGAAGCUGAGGCGUAUGGCGCGAAGUUCGGACCGUCAUACAUGGAGAUUGGUAUGAAACUGGAGAACGAGCAGUACGACAAAUGGGUCACUUGGGCCCGGUCGGCAGCUCAGGUUCAAGAUCAGCGCCAUGCAGCUCUUACCGGUGCCCCGGAUCUGGGCGAUGCUGGUGAAGCAAGUGAGCUCGAGAUGGAAGAACCAGAGGCGGUUCCUGCCUAA